AUGAGCUACGAAGACCCGAUUCUCUCGCAGUUCAAAAACAAGGAUGCGAUCGAUGCCCAGGUGAUUUCCGGGCUUAUCGAGGACGCAAGAGGCCAGGCGCGCGAGCAGAGCGUGAAAUUGCCCGAGGACUUGCAUGGGCGGACUUUGGAGAAGUGUAAGGAGUGUCUUUCGAUAUAUACGGACUUGGUGAAGCUUGGUUUUCUACUUGCCAAGUCGUGGGACCUCAAGACGUUGGAGCAGACUGUCAAGCUCCGGUUUGGGCUGGUGGACCUUGUUCAAGGUGGUAGUAGUGGUAGUAGUAGUAGCAGUACUGCUGCUGUUGCUGUCCCUGGUGCUGUUGCUUCGGGCACUGCUGCCUCCGGUGUCGAUGCUGGCCCUAAUACGGGCCAAAACGAGGGAUUCGAAAGAGACAUCGCAUUGAAAACUAUAUCAAAGUGCGACAAACUCUCCAUCGCACUCGAACAACUAUCCAUGGACUCCCGCGAAAUCAUGCACUCCAUCCAGUCGGUCUUGCAGUCCAACAACAACAAUACGUCGGUCCUCUUGUCCGAUGCGAUGACAUUGCUUUUGGAAAUUUGGUUCCUUUGCGGGCGCCAGCUCCGCAAGCUUAAACGCCAGGUCGCGUCUUUCUUUAUGCGCUCCAAACUAUUGCUGAUAGACUACGAACUAGAACUGGUGAGUACCACCUCUCUGGAUAAAAUGACCCAGGCCAACAUCGAUGCCCUACGUGAUACCAUCGCCUCGUACAAGUCCUUCAUAAAAGUCUUGUUGCAGCAAUUGAGCGACGCAGAAGCUUCAGACAACCAGACGGAGUUCGAAGAGUGCUUGGCCAUCUUCAUGGAUGUCGAAGGUAUGUACCAGGCAUUCAGCUUCUCGUGGCUCUUGAACGAAAAUAAAGCAAUCCUUUCGCAUUCGCAGGAAUCAUACGCAAAGGCCCAACAGGAGUCCGAUAUGCACGAUUUGGACGAGUUGUCCCGGAUCAACUCGUUUGUUGAUAAAUCUUUGGAACAAGGCGAAGAAGAGGCACAAGAAGAAGAAGAAGAAGAAGAUUUGGUGGUGGUGCAAGACCCUCUUGAUGGAGAUGUCUUCGAACCCACUCCCUUGGGUACAGCUAAACUUAACCACUCAAUUUCAUCUAAUUCGCAAGGACGGUCACGGAGAUUGUCCAACAUGUCUGGUACAUCUGACAUUUCGUUGAUGAUGGAGAAAACCUCGCUAACAAAGGAACUACCGCACUUACUCCAAGCUUUUGACAACGCCAAAAAAUUGGCUAACGAAAUAGAAAGUGUAAGAGAACACGGAGGAUCCUCUUCUCCUUCCACCCUAACCCCCAUCGGAUCACCUACCCAAUCAUCAUUCCUGUCAAUGGAUAAUUCAACUUCAGCUUCAACGCUUCUAAACUCUUCCUUUUUGUCUAACCAUGUAGGGAUUAAAACCGGUACCAUGAACAGCUCAAGCAAAAUUCUGGAAAAUCUGGCACAUCGCCAACAAGAGUUCCCAUUUGCAUCAAGUAGCCCACUGAACCCUUCACCUCUAUCAAAACUGGAAAAUAGCCAACAACUGAUUCGUCAAGAUAUGCUCAAAUUGAUGUCUCAAUCUCCAAAAAAUGUACGACCUUCUACGCAUCCUAACAAUAUUCCUGGUUUCGGAUCCAAUAUUCUUAAUAACUUGUACGGCAUAGGCUCUAAACAUUGA